UGUCAAAGAGGUGGAUGAGUUGGUUAAUUUGGCUUUCGAUUAUCGGCGACUUUUGCUGUUGGAUAAUUUGGUCGACACAACCUUUCAGAGCCGUGACGACUAUUUCAGUAAUUAGGACGUUUGCAUGCCGUGACAUCAGCGUCAAAUAUUUCAUUUUGGAUGCCAAAAGUUUCCGUAUGUUAGGCGUGUUCGGGUCAGUCGCCCAUCCAUGUCAGUUGAUAACAGAUGUCGAAAGUAAUUCUAUGGGCUCUUCUUUUUGUUACUAUAUUUAUGAAAUAGACCCAACUAAGAUUUUUCUUAUUUACAGCGUUGGUGAAGAUAAUUGUCUAUUAAAAAAUAAAAUAAAAUAAAAAACCUGCGUAACACGCAUCCACUGGGCUGUGUGUGGUGAUAAAAGCAUAACGUUAUGGCCGAAGAUCGAGAAAUUUUGCGGGAGAUUUGGGAGGGAAGGAUCCCUAUGUGCUUUGUCCUGGCACCCGAGGAAGUGUUGACAAUGGAACAGCCGGAACCUUUUUAUCUUCUUGUGCCCAGGCAGAGUUACUUCCCUCUAGUCACAGACAAAGUUCGCAGACAUUUUAGUAAGUACAUUGACACAGAAAAUGAGGGAGAAUUCUGGCUGGAGUGUGAAGGUCAACCAAUCAAAUGGCAUUAUCCGGUGGGUUUGCUGUUUGACCUGUAUGGGUGUGAAGACAAUUUACCUUGGUCUCUUACGGUACAUUGUCAGCACUUUCCCGAUGAAGACCUGUUACAUUGUCCAAGUAAGGAAGCUGUCGAGUCUCACUUCAUGUCAACCGUGAAAGAGGCAGAUUCGUUAAAACACCGAGGACAGGUAAUAAACAGUAUGCAGAAGAAAGAUCACAAACAGUUGUGGAUGGGUAUUCAGAAUGACAAGUUUGAGCAGUUCUGGUCCAUUAACAGACGCCUGAUGGAAUCUUCAGGGGAGGAGAUGUUUAAACACAUACCCUACAGACUAUACCAGCCGGAUCAACUUGUCAUACAGAAACUAUUUCGACCCAUGGGAGAAAACGGAGAGAAGCAUACCCUGAAAGAUUUACUGGACUCAGCGUUACCAGAAGUGUUUGAGAAAGAAGAUUGCUUGGAGAAGAAGAAGGUUUUGAUUCAGGGGAUAGAGGUCCCUGUGUGCACCCCUACUUUGUGGUUAAGUGAACAUUUCAGCUACCCAGACAACUUCCUUCAUAUAGCAGUAACGGACAGGGACAACGGAGAGGAAUAAGGCAGGUUGUGGAUUAGGAUGGGAAGAAUAGGGAGAGAAAUUUGGUUUGGAAUAUAUGUUAGGAAUGGGAGCUGCCAGCAAAAGAAAAUAGUUUUAGAAAAAAUAGUGCUGAUACAUAUAGGAAAUAGUUUUGGAAAGAAAUAGGAUUGGGAAGAACAUGAUUAGUAUGGAUAAAGUGUUUUGAAAAGAAAUUGGAUAGGGGAAAACAGGGCUGAUUGGAAAUAGAUUUGAAGAGAAGUUGGAUGGACGAUGAAGUAUGUAUUCUUACCACCUGGUGACAGCUUGUGUCCUGACUGGAAUGUGGAUUGGUCUUCAUUCUCUAUAUGCUUCCAGUUACUACAGUUAACUAUAGCAGCACUGCGUGAACCUGAGCUAUUGCACAGGGGACCCCAGCUAUUACUGAAUGAAUGUUUUGGUGUAAUUAUGGUUGAAGAAAAGCUGGUUAUAGAAUGAUGAGUGGUGUAUAAGAUCAUUGAAAUGGAGAUGGACUCAGCUUCACAGAACACAGUAACGUAGUUCCACUGUU